AUGGCAACUAACUUUGCCAAAACCAUAGACAAGAGCCUUAGAUUGUCUUUGCUGUUAAGCUUUGUUUUUGGGACAAUCUCUGUUGUAAUAAUGUGUGGUAACCUGCUUGUUAUCAUGGCUGUUACUUACUUUCGACAGCUCCACACUCCAACAAACUAUCUGGUUCUUUCUCUGGCUGUCUCUGACCUGCUGAUUGGAGCUGUUGUUUUGCCUUUUAGCACUGUUUUAUUUGUGAAUCCCUGUUGGGAUCUUCAAAGAAUUCUUUGUAACAUACGUGCUACAUUUGAUAUAAUUCUCUCUAUUAGUUCAAUAUUAAAUCUAUGCUUCAUCUCUAUUGACAGAUACUAUGCAGUGUGCCAGCCUCUGAUCUACAGAUCCAAAAUUACUUUUCAGAUUGUUGGAAUCAUGAUCUUUAUCACAUGGGCUGGUGCGGUGUCAAGUGGAAUCAUUAUCACCAGUGGAGGGAAGGCACAUGGAAAGGCAAAACAAAGAUGUGCAUUUUUUCGAAAUUCAAAUCUAAAUGUUAUUGGUGCUUUUACUGGCUUGUACAUCCCUAUCCUUAUCAUGUUUCCAAUUUACACAAAGAUUCUUCUUGUAGCUCGGAGACAGGCACGCAGCAUCCAGAGCACUAAUUCAGGUGUGACGGCGAGCAGAAUGGAGAGAAAGGCAACUUGCACGCUGGCCAUCGUGGUGGGGGUCUUCUUCUUCUGCUGGGCUCCUUUCCUGAUCUCUAUGACCUGUUUGCCUUUUAUUGAUUACACAGUUUCUGAUUCUAUAUUUGAAGCUUUCAAAUGGUUUGCAUGGACAAACUCGGGGCUCAACCCAUUCAUCUAUGCCUUCUUUUACAGCUGGUUCAGAUCUGCUUUCAGAAUUAUUCUUUCUGGACAAAUAUUCUUUAGAAAUGUGACAAAUGCAAAACUGUUUUAA